AUGGAGCGCGCGUGCAUGGGAGGAAAGGGAAGAGGCGCUCUGGUUUUGGAAGCGAGAAGUGGACGCGGCGUGUGUGGCUGGCUUGGGAUAAAGUGGCCGUGGCGGGUAUUUGGCUGGGAUGCGUUUGUCCUCUGCGCCAGAAGUGAUUUUCUGGUGGUGGUGAGGAUUGAGAUCGAGGGCCCGGUGAGAGUUCUACCCAUCUUGCUGAAGCUGCCGUGCAGGAACAGCCGCGGCGCGACCUGCCGGCGCUGCGGGCGACUCGUUCAGAGACUCGGGGUUCCCGCCGGCGAGAGGCCGAGGGAACUCCAAUCCGUGUUGAAGACACAGAUGUCAUCUUGUACCAUGGCCUCUUUGAUUUGUUCACAGAUAAAAUUAAGUAAAGCACAUAUUGGGAACAGGAGGCAGAUUCACAAAAAUGGACAAAUCAGAUUGCCUAAAUCUCUUAAUUGGAAACCUCUACAUUCGAGCCGUUUUGAAAAUAUUCUGCUGCAGUGCACUAAAAAUUUGUCCUGGGAGGCCUCCCUUCCAUAUGUGUCUGCAGAGGAUGAUACCAGCAUUAUUAAGGGGACUGAUGUUGUUGAACCUAUUGAUACAGAAGCAGCACCAGAAAUUCCAAUCCUCCAGAGUGAUCAGGAUUUUGUGGAGGUGAUAAAAGAACCAUCCAUGCAGCUGACAUCUUUUAAACUGCCAAUGUGGCUUUUAGGGCCUUCGAUUCUAUUGGUUACGGGUAUAGUUCCUACUUUAUGGUUACCACUGUCUUCAGCAUUUCUCGGUCCCAAUAUUGCCGGCCUUCUAUCCCUAGUUGGACUUGACUUCAUUUUUAACAUGGGAGCAAUGCUGUUUUUUCUUAUGGCUGAUGCAUGUGGGCGUCUGGAGGCCAAUUCAUCCGACCUGAUAAAGCAGAUCCCGUCUUCUUACAGAUUCUGGAAUUUGGUUGCUAGCAUAGUAGGCUUUCUUGUUCCUUUGGCCCUGUUUUUCGCAUCUCGGAGGGGUACACUGCAGCCACAUGUACCAUUCAUUCCAUUCGCAGUGCUGCUUGGACCCUAUCUUUUGCUCCUUUCCGUACAAGUUUUGACUGAGAUGCUUACAUGGCACUGGAAAUCGCCAGUUUGGUUGGUGGCCCCUGUGGUUUAUGAGGGUUACCGAAUUCUACAGCUGAUGAGGGGUCUUCAGUUGGCCGAUGAGAUCACUGCACCCGGAUGGAUGGUGCAGAGUCUUCGUGGAUUGGUGUCCUGGUGGGUUCUGGUUCUGGGGAUCCAACUCAUGCGCGUGGCUUGGUUUGCUGGACUCAAUUUUGCAAGCAAUUCAAGGUAUGGAGAGAAUGAUGAUAACAAAUAAAUCGGACAGAAUAAAUGUUCAGGUGCACAUCCUUUGCCCAUGCUGCUGCCAUCUGCAUGAAUUGCUCCUCUCAUUUUGUUCCUUGGCUGCUGGCAUCGUCUGGUCAGUUCUUCUGAGUAGAUCGUAUACAUGAACAAUUCUAGGACCUUGUGUAAUCACUCUUGUACAUACAAAGUUUGCUUUGAACAUAGAUGUUCAUAUCAUACAGAAAUAUAUAUAUGACUUUAUAUUUCUCGGUGAAGGUCUGAAUUGUACAGAUGUAACU